CUUGAAGAAACAGCUUUAAAUGAAAUCAAUCAACUUAUUGGAAGUUUGGAUAAAUCAAUUAAUGAUUUAAUUUCUAUCUUAGAAGAAGAAUUAAACGAACAAAAUCUAUUUGAAAAACUUAACAAUAUUUUGGAAAAACUUUCUACUUAUACCAAGUUAAGAGAAAAUCAGAUCAAAACUCUUGAAGCUUACUAUUAUUUGGGAACCCUUAUUCAAGAAAAUGAAACUAACCAGGAACAGAUUAGAGAACAGAUACAGAAAACCAAUGGUGCUUACAAAGCUCGAGACAUUUGGAAAGGAGCUUGUCAUAUUCAAAAGAUUUUCACUCUUCGACCAAAAGCCAUAAUCUACCAGACAAAAUACUUGGCUGCUACCCAAGUU